AUGGGCCUUUUCGACUUCAUAACCCGAGCUUCUACUCCCCCACCCCCUUCACUCCCGAACCUUUCUUCAUCUUUCGGAACCAAAUCAUGGAAGGUAGAUCUGUCGUUUGGAUCUGACCCCGACAUGUUGAGGGGGAAAGUCCCGCUGGUGAACCUGACCACCGGCUGGCAAGCCCGCCUCGUACUUUAUACGUCAGAUAUUGUCGGCUUGAUGAGGAAAGGGCUGUACGUGUCUCAGAAGAACGUCAUUGUGGAGGAGAGCUGCUUGACCAUGCGUCCCCAUCAGCAGGAGCACAACACAUACUAUUAUGACCGUCGCUUUACUCUUACCGGGCCCAGUUGGAAAGGGAGUUUGGUGGUCACGACACUCAGUUGCCCUAUUGUAACCAACUUCCGCGUUGAGCAUCUUUCAGCGGACAAAGUAUAUCAAUGUUAUGCAUCGGAUUAUUUCAAAUCGCGAUGCUGGGCAUACAAUUUUAUGAUUGAGAAGCCGGAGGUCAACGCAAACUACAUUUUGGACGACACUCCUUUGGAAGGCUUAUGGCCGUGGCCUCGGAAAGAAUGUACCACUCAAGGAAUGGAAAAGGAGAGGGAAAAGGGGGGAACUGAGGAAGGCGAUAUGCUUGACCUGAUCUGA